CUCCACUCAACCCUCAGCCGACUUUUCGAUGAAUAUCUCGGAAUCCAAGGGAGAUAGAGAAAAUUUGCUCGGAACCUUUUUUGCACAUCUCAAUCCGCCCCACAAAAAAGGUCCUGACAAAAAUUCUCCCAUCUGCCUUCCCUCCAGAGUUAUUCAUUGAAAAUGAUUUUGACUAAGUCAAAAUCUACUUGAAUUAUCGUGAUUGUUCGGAGUUAUGUGCAUGCAAUAUAAAAGCAUCAACAUACCCUUAAUCGCGCAGUCUCAUUGACGUUGUCCAGUCCCUCCACCCACCUCCACCACUCGACAUUCGUCUAUUCCCCAACACUAUCGCAUGAGCAGCCCCUUCACACUCUCUCACAAAGCCGAUGACAUCAGCUUGCGUUAUCUACAGCUGCUCACAAAACACCUCUUAUUGUUGUAGUUGAAUUUCGUUGGCCUAACACCAGAGAACAGACAGUAUUGUGCACUAUUUUCAACGAUUCUCCACUAUUCCACGACAAAAAACGUCAUUCAAUAGAGAUAACAGGAUAAAACAGGUCUCUUCAGGCGUCUGUCAAGCUUGUUAAUUCAUUUAUUGCUCAAUCGAGAAGAUUGACAUGAGUUCAUCGAAUUUUUUUUGUGACAAUUGAGUCGAUUAAUUGUCGCAAUUACGUGAAUUCAUUGAUGAAUAUUGAGGGUGACUAGUUCCUGGGUAGCUCCGAGUGGUCCUGGGGUUGGUGGAGACUUUGGACAGGUGGAGAUCAGGGUGCUCAGGGGAAUUGCGAAUGCAAUGGACGUUGGAGUGGUGAAAAUAGCCGAGGACAAGGACUUCGAGAAGCUGAAGAAGUUGUAUGAUGACAAUAAUGAUUGGAAGCUGGACUACAACAAGCCGGACCUCUCGGUCUGGACCAAGUCUGUGCCUGGAAUCAGCUUUCGAAUGGUCAAGAUAAGGACGAGAUUCAGUGACGUGCAGCCUGAGACUCUUUAUGACGUUCUUCAUGACCCGGAGUACAGGAAAGUCUGGGACACGCACAUGAUCGAGUCGAAGGACAUUGGAUUCUUCAAUCCUAAUAAUGAUAUUGGAUACUAUUCGAUGUCCUGCACAUCCCCCCUGAAAAAUCGUGACUUCGUUCUCCAAAGAUCCUGGCUGGACACCGGCAGAGAGCAACUGAUCAUAAAUCACUCAGUCUAUCACAAAGAUUACCCCCCCAAAAAGGGUUACGUGCGAGCCACAUCCUAUCUCACAGGAUUCAUCGUCAGACCCUCGAGAAACGGUGACGGCGCAGAGUUGGGGUACGUCUCCCACACAGAUCCCCACGGGAAACUCCCCGCCUGGUUGAUCAACAGAGUCACACAAAUCUUCGCUCCCAAGAUGGUGAAAAAAUUGCACAAGGCUGCGGUGGCUUAUCCCACGUGGAAAGAGAAGAAUCAUCCCAACUGUAGGCCUUGGCACUUUCCGGAGCAGAUAAUGUCACCUCGAAUGCGCCUUCAAGAUUGCAUAAAAUCAAUCGAAGAGAAGAACAUGAAGAAUAGUUACGUCGACGAAUCAGACGUCAAAGACACGAUAGUCAAAGACAUAAUGAUGAUGGAUUCCGACUAAUCGAGGAGAACACCCAAAUUCCCAC